AGUUCACUUUUAUCUACAGUACCAUGUGUCACUAGCAUAAUAUUCCAAAAAUUAAACUUUAGUUUUGUGAACUUAUUUAACAUCUUUAUUUUCAAAAAUGCGGUACACUUUAAGUUACAUCGGAGCUACCCUUGCUUCUUCUGCAACAUUGAUUUUUGCACUCUACUACUGCCUCACGGGAAAAGGAGAGCAAGUUAGUUUAGCAUGGUUAUUGUUGAAUGUGUCUCCCCACAUGUGGGCAGGUCUAGGAAUUGGCCUUGCUGUAUCAUUAUCAGUUGUAGGAGCUGCUGCAGGAAUUCACACUACAGGAGUCAGUAUCGUAGGAGCUGGUGUUAAAGCCCCUAGAAUUAAAACCAAAAAUUUAAUUUCUAUUAUCUUCUGUGAAGCUGUGGCUAUUUAUGGGUUAAUUAUGGCAAUAGUACUCUGUGGAAGUUGGAAGAAUUUUGAUGUAGAUCUAUUCAACACCAAACCUACAAACUUUGCCCAAAACCAUUAUGGAUCACACGUAAUUUUUGGAUCUGGUUUAACUGUGGGAUUUGUAAAUCUAUUAUGUGGAUUUUGUGUUGGGGUAGUUGGUUCUGGAGCAGCCAUUUCUGAUGCAGCCAAUUCCUCAUUAUUUGUCAAAAUUUUAAUUAUUGAGAUUUUUGGAAGUGCUAUUGGGCUCUUCGGUCUUAUUGUUGGAGUUUACUUGACUUCAAGAGGCUCUAUGGUUUAGAUGUUCAGUAAAUGAACCAGAAAAAUAAAAUGAAUAAUUUGUUAAAAGUGUGUGUGAUCAAGAUAAAACCAUUUUCACUAGUUUAUGUCCAAAAAUGUAUAGUUUUCAUUAUGGUUUCUCAACAAUAUUUAAAAUCAAGUCCCAAAUUAAAAUUCUUCAAAUAAUUGUUGAAACAAAUUCAAGGAUCGUUAAUGUAUUACGUAAAAAUUCCACUAAUUUUGUUAAUUGUUAAACAUUGUAUAGUUAGAAAGAAAUUUGUAAUUUUAGGAUAAUGCUUGUACAGCAUGUAGCCACACUAGUAUUAGUAUGUAAAAACUGUAUUAAAAAUUGUCUUUUUGUAUGUCUAUUAAAAUUACAGACGAUUUUGUUAAAUUUUAAUACAGAUCUAAUAU